UUUUAUUUUAAACAUGGCGACUUACAUUGAAAACAUGCGAAAACAUUUUCAGCAAAACAAACGAAUACGAGAGCACACAGCUCAUGAUUCCAAGGUGCACUCUGUGGCCUGGAGCUGUGACGGGAGGCGUCUGGCCUCAGGGUCAUUUGACAAAACUGUCAGUGUGUUUCAACUGGACAACGACAGAGACCGGAUGGUGAAGGACUGUACCCUCCGCGGACACAGUGACAGUGUAGAUCAGCUCUGCUGGCAUCCCAAGAAUCCCGAUCAACUGGUGACGGCCAGCGGAGACAAGACAAUCAGGAUCUGGGACGCCAGGACAAACCGCUCUGUGGCCACGGUCAACACAAAGGGUGAAAAUAUCAAUAUAUGCUGGUCACCAGAUGGCAGCACAAUAGCAGUGGGGAACAAGGAUGACCUCAUCACCUUUAUAGAUGUCAGAAGUCAUAGGUCAAAGGCCGAGGAACAGUUCAAGUUUGAGGUCAAUGAGAUUUCUUGGAACAAUGAUGGUGAUCUGUUCUUCCUGACAAGUGGCCAGGGAAGCAUAAACAUUUUAAGUUACCCAGACUUAAAGCUGCAGCACACAUUGAACGCCCACCCUGCUAACUGUAUCUGUAUCGAGUUUGAUCCCAAGGGGAAGUACUUUGCCACAGGAAGUGCUGAUGCCUUGGUCAGUAUCUGGGAUGUCGCAGAGUUAGCGUGUGUCAGGACUCUCUCUAGGUUAGAAUGGCCAGUGAGAACCUUGAGCUUUAGUCAUGAUGGUAAAAUGUUAGCCUCAGCAUCAGAGGAUCUCAUCAUAGACAUUGCAGAAGUCGACUCAGGGGAGAAAAUCACGGAGAUCACAUGUGAAGCUCCUACGUUUACGGUUGCCUGGCACCCAAAGCGCCCUCUACUGGCCUAUGCCUGCGAUGAUAGGGACACAUAUGACAGAAAUCGAGACGCUGGUACUGUAAAAGUGUUUGGGUUUCCGAGUGAUAACUCUUGAGAGUUUUAUAAAUAGAACUUGGGAAAGACUUGCCUUGGCUAUUUUCCUUGAUAAAAAUUGGACAGAGGAAUGAUCUGUGGAUUUUAUAGAAAUAAGAGAGGCAAAUGAAAUCAGUUAUGAUAAUGUUACAGUAUUGAAGGAAUGAACUGUUGUGAUUUUGUACAGACUGGAACACAUGUGUACAUUAUAACAUAUAUUGCUGACCAAAGACACAGUUUUUCAAAAAUUGUUAAGAAGAUGACUGUGAAGUACUACAUGUAGUACAUAAAUGUUCUGUUGUAAGAUUUUUUUAUGCAAAACCCUUUUUUUCAAAGACAUGUCUUAUGUGGAAAACAAUAAAUGAAGACAUAUUUAAUGUACAUAAAUUCUGACCCAUGUGUUUUAUGUCUAUUUGACUUGUCCAACUUUGUUAGUUCUACUAUGCUUUCCAAGUAUCAUUUUGAUCAUUUCUGACAAUUUGUCUUCAAUUAUUUUCAACACAGACACUCUUAUAUAAAAAAUGCAAAGCAAUAAAUUGCAAUGAGAUUUCAGUCCUUGAGCACGAUUUGCCAUUCACUAAAUUGAUAUUGUGUAUAUUCAUUAAAAGA